AUGGAGUCGGAGAAGGUGGCCAUCAUCGGCGCUGGCUGGGCUGGCCUGCAGAUGCUGCAGAGCCUGAAGGAGUUGGGCGUGGAGGCAGAAGUUUUCGAGAGCCGCAGCGAGGUGGGUGGCACCUGGACACCCGAGAUGAGCUACCAUGGCUUGCAGGUACAUAGCCCCAUGUACACGAAUCUGAUGACCUACAAGGGCCAGGCUUUUCCCUUCAAGGGCAUGAAUCGCGAGACUUUGCUCCAAAAGCUGGAUGCCGAGUCUGUCCGAGUCUACCUGGGGGACUUUGCAGAGAAGCUGGGGCUCAAACCCAAGAUCCAAUGCAACAGCAGGGUCAAGGAGAUCCGCUACCACUCCAAGUCGCAGAGCGCCUACCUCUCCGUGGAAAGCAACGGGCGAGAGGUAGAGAAAGGACCCUACCGCCUCGUGGUGUUUUCCUCCUUCGCAGCGAAGGCGUCAUUUCCAAAGAUCCCGGCGCAGGGCUUCCAGGGCAAGCUGAUUCACUCCAGUCAAUUCAAGGAAGAAGUCAUGGACGAGAUCAUCAAGAAAGACUUGAAGGUGCUUGUGGUGGGAGGUGGCAAGUCCGGAUGCGACAUGAUCUGUGCCUUCCAGAAGAAAGGCUACAAACGGCUUACCUGGCUCUUCCGGUCUCCCUACUGGUUCCUGAAGUAUGGUGCCGUGGUUCAUGGAGGUUCGCCCCUUGGCAUGCUGAGAGGUUUUCUAUUUCUCUUCAGCCUGCUCCUCUUCCUGGUCUCGAACAAGCUGCCUGUCUUUGUGGGUUGGCUUGUCGGAUAUUUUGUCCUGCCCAAAUCUGAAGGUGCGCUGCCGCAGCACUUCGACGGCCGACGUUUCCAUUUUGGAGUCUUGGAUGAGAAGCAGGUGAACUUCGUUGAACAGGUUGCUGCCAAGCAAGGGGAGCCGAAGGCUGUGACCAAGGAGGGUCUGUUGCUAGAGAGCGGCGAAACUUUGAAGUGUGAUGUGGUGAUCUAUGCCACUGGCUGUGAGACAGGAUUUGGCGACCUGAAGCUUGUGAAGGAUGGUGAGGUGGUCACUGUAGAGGAUGUCCCACUCUACCAUCAUGCAGUGGUGCCCAACUUUCCGUGCCUCAUCUCCGCAUCGACGGCCUUCUACCAGUUCGGCCCUUCCCGAGCAUUGACCAUGGCUCAGUACAUCACCUGGUACCUUCAAGCAGCUCCGAGUGAGGAAGAGAUGGAAGCAAAGGCCAGGCGCAACUGGUCGACCCAGAGUGCGGGGAAGUCCAACGGCUUCAGCUCCGACCGGACCUUCGUUGCGGAGUUCCUACUCUUCUACUUGGACCUGUGGCGGGAUCAGAUGGUGUCCAUGUUCGGUGUUCUCAAGAUUUUUGCGGACCUCUUCGUCUUCACCAAGAUGUCACCUCUGCAGCUCAACGUUGGCAAGAUGCCCGCCUUCCCAACCUCCUUCCCUAAUUAG